AGUUGAGGGAGGGGCUGAGCGUGGAGCCCAAUAUAAAGUGGGGGGUGGCGGGUGCAGGCCGAGCUUGGCGCUUCUCUUUUAGCAAACUUCGGACAAACUUUGAAACUUUGUCCCGCAGGAAGAACAUAUUGACAGGGCAAAGAUCAAGAGAGGAAAAAGUGAAAGGUUGCCCAGCAAGAGAAAGGGCCGUCCCGCUUCCAACCUCAACCAGGACUAGCUUCAUCCCCGCUGCAGGCCUUUGGGGAAAGGUCUCAAGAUGAUCCGCGACUACCAGGAUCUGGCCACGACGUUUGAGUCGGAAAAUGAGGACGCCCCCCGGAUCAAAGCCCCUCCGAAGCUGCCCCAAAGCCAGACGUGGCUCCAACGUACAUUCCCCAGCCGGCGCCUGGUUCUAAUCCUGCUGGUUUUGAGUUUCAUCCUCACCAUCUCCGUGAUGGUCUUUGGAGUCAAAGGACAUUUUUACAACUCGGAGUUGAAGGAGACCCAGGACAGCAUAAACAGCCUCAACCAAACCGUUGGGAAGCAGUUCGCCAACCUUCAGGAUAAAGAAAACAACGCAGACGCGAAACUCAAGGAACUGGAAGGGAAAGUGAAGCAGUUGACCGAGGAGGCCAACGUGGCCACAACCCACCUCCUAAACCAGUUGAAGGAGCUACGGAAGAAUAACAUCGCUCUCAAUUGUGACUUUCAGGAUUUCAAACUCAACCGGACAGAUCGGAAGGAGGCCUGCUGUCCCAAAGGCUGGGAUGCAUUUCGGAAAAGCUGCUACUGGGAAAACCGAGAGGGGAAAUCGUGGCAGGAAGCCAAAGCCGAGUGCGAAAGCUACGAUGCUCACCUGGUGAUCAUUAACUCCUAUGAGGAGCAGCAAUUCGUGGCGGUUCGUGUCAGGCCAGAGUAUAUGUGGAUCGGGUUGACGGACAGUAGCGGCAGCUGGAAGUGGGUGGAUGGCUCAUCCUACACAAUGGUGUCACGGGACUGGUGCCCCGAACAGCCGGACAACUGGUACGGCCACGAACUGGGAGGCGGGGAGGACUGUGCUCAUCUUCACCACAAUGGUUGCUGGAACGAUGACCACUGCAGCCGGCUCUACGGCUCCGUCUGCGAGAUGGAGGUGAAUAACUAAGGGGAGCAGGAAGCCCACCCACCCAGAGAUCCCUAAAACCGACAAUCGACAAUCCUGGUUUGGACCGGAUGCUGGCUAGAUUCCUUGGUUCGCCCUCAAGGUGGUCUCUUCCAUCUUGAAACUGGGACUUCCCGCCUUCGACAGCCUCCAUUCUCCCUCCCUUCCUCGCUCCGUCCCCGGCUUUACAGGUAGUCCUUGACUUACAACCGUUCAUUUAGUGAUGGUUCGAAGGCCGCGGGAUCAAAAUUCGUAGGCUUAGCAACUGGCCUGCCCUUUUGCGACCUUCUGACAAGCGAGGUGGAUGGGGAAGUUCGGAUUCACUUAACAACCGCGUGACCCGUUGAACAACGGCGGUGAUUCGCUUAGCAACGGUGGCCAGGAAAGUCGUACAAUGGGGCAAAACUCACUUAACAACUGUCUUGCUUAGCAACCGGAACGUUGGGCUCAAUUCUGCUCGUAAGGUAGUCCUCAAAUUAAGACCAACAUGGAACCCAGAAUUUCCAUUUUAAGUCAGGACGGUCAUAAAUCAAGGUACGCAUUAUGACCUGAUCCAAUUUUAUGCCUUUUUUUUUUGUGGUGGUCAUUAAGUGAGCCACAACUGUUAUGUGAAUGCCAUGUGUAAGGAAAUCAAUGUAUUCCUAUGUACAUGUUUGGCUGGAAACAGGGAAAAAUGUAUUAUCAAGAUGGGUGGCCCAGAAGUUUUACAAACAAUCAAAUGAAUAAAUAAAUAAGGGUCACUUGACCGCAGAACUGGAUUGUAAAUAGCUUUUGGGGUGGUCCGUCGUAAGUCUCAACAGUCGCUAAACUCGUUGGUCGUAAGUCGAGGAUCACCUGCCUGCUUUGACUUCAAACUUAGCGGAAGGGGACAACGGUCAGAUGUCCGAGUUAAGUUUGACCUCUUCCCUGGCUAAGAGAGACUAUUUUGCUCAUGUGUAUCUUAGA